AUGGAAUUCCGUGCAGGGAAAAACGUGGUAAGUUAAUAUGAACAGUUUAUUUGCAUAAGAGAGUCAGUUAAUUAGACCGUCAUGCGUCGCUUGUUUGAACAGCGUGAAUUCCACGUAGAUGACGAGCAUGAUUUAGGAUUCACCUUUAGUACCUUAUAACCUAGCUACUGUAUUUAGAUAAGUUUUCGAACCUUUAAAUUUUAAAAUUGGAGCCAUCUGUCAAGAAUUGUGUCCUUUAUGUCACCAUUGAACUGUCUGAGGCUGUUAACCAGCGACUCUUACUUUCCUCCCCAACAUUUAAACUUCUCAAAAUAUUAUUUCCGUCAGGAAAUAUACGAAAAAGAUAAUAAACAAAAUUUAUUUGCCCUCAAAAGUAAAUCGCAAAUCACCUGUAAAGCGGUCAACCAGCGGGGGGAGGGGAUUGUGAUGGGGGGCUACUGAUUCAAGCACACUCAGUUGAGCACAUCAAAAGUCUUUUUUUUUUGUUACACUCCGUAUGAUAUAUCAAUAAAAGUACUGUUAGUGGUAUGAACUGAUAGUUGUCGACUGCUUUUAAAUUGACUCUUUCAGCUCACGUUGAAGAAUCUGGCAUUUUAUGCGUUGACUACAACGGACAAGAGAAGCGGUCUGAGCCGUCUUCAAUCAGCUUGCGUUUUAGGGGACGUCGAAGCCGUCAAUGUAAUCUUGAAUUACAGUCCAGACAAACUUGACAGUGCUAUAGCACUGAGUAUCAAAACUAGCCACCUCGCCCCCUUUUUCCCUGACGAGCCUGUUGUGACUGUUUUGGGACAACUUGCUCAAGAAUCUCCACCUCACAAGCUUAUCAACCAACUUGUUGAAAACAUUGUGAAUAUACUUGACGCUUCCCUUCUUCACCUGGCUGCAAAAACGGGCAACGCCCAGCACCUUCAAAGGCUUCUUGAUAAUGGCGGUGAUGUUGACUCAGCGUCACCAGAGACGGAAAAUGGAGCCACGCCCCUGAUGCUAGCGGCUAGGUUUAAUGAUGUGCACGUUGUGGAAUUUCUUGUCGAAAGAGGUGCCUCUUUAGAGAAACACGAUAAUCAAGGUUACUUUCCUAUUCAUCAUGCUGCAUUCGGUGGCCAAGCGGGAAACAUAGCACGCUUGAUAGGGUACGGAGCCGAUGUCAACGUGUUGAAAGAGCGAGAGCAAUGGUGGUCCGUCAGUGAUCAAUUAUCGCCUAUUUUUUUGGCUGCCGAGUAUGGUCACUUGGAGGCUGUUGAUGUUUUGCUGAAGCACGGUGCUGAUUCGAAUAGUCCUAGUAGAUAUGGUGUCACACCUCUUCAUAUAGCUGCCACCAAUGGCCAUCUGGAAACCACACAGCUGUUACUUAGAAAUGGUGGAAAUUUAAACAGCAGAGAUAUCGAGGACUUUUUGCCACUUCAUCGUGCCGCUGAAAUGGGGCAUACAGACGUGGUGAAGUUCAUUCUUCAUAAUGGUGGAAGUAUAGCAACAAGGACUGGUGAUGGGCAGACACUCCUUCAUUUGGCCACUUGUCUGGAACUAGUGAGUUAUCUUAUUCAGAAUGGCGCUGAUGUUAACGCGCGAGACCACAGGAGACUGACCCCAUUGCAAGUCGCUGCGGAAAGAGGGCAAAUUGACACUGUCAAGUAUCUUUUGUCUCAAGGUGCAAAUAUCAACCUCCGGGAUAGGUUCGGUUGCUCAGCUUUGUAUGACGCUUUGAAAGGAGGCCAUACUGCGACUGCUGACGUUUUGAUCAAAAGAGGCUGCGAAUUGAAGCUUGUGAACGAUGAAUGCUGUGCGAAGAAUCUUAUCCCGCCAUUGCUGUUAAAAGCAGCUUCAGAAGGUCGCACAGAUCAGUUAGAUCUUCUUUUCCAAACCGGGAUAUCUGUAAAUACAAAAAGCAUUUCUGGAGAAACCGCUUUAAGAGUCGCAGUUCGGCGUGGACACUGUUCUACAGUUGCGUUUUUGGUAGACCGAGGAGCUAUCAUCGAUGAGGACGACACUCGUGAAGAUCUCCCUGAUGAUGAUAAGGAAGAAAACUACGACAGCUGCAAUGACAUCAAGCAGCAUCUGCCCUUAUGUUGGAUAAUGAAAUUGGGCCAAAGUGGUGAAUAUUUGCCUGACUUUUUAACAGAAAGAAGAGCUUUUAUUAUUCAGUAA